GUGUCUCGAGUCUAGAAAAGGUUGAGAACCACUGGUAUAAAGAGACAGCAUUCCUGGUGGUUAGAGAACAAGAAGGAACAAGGAUUUUUAAUUAUGAAGCUGCUGAGGAUUUGAAGUAUGACACUGGUUCCCUUCCAAAGGACAGGUAGCUUCUCCUGCAGUUGAACAAGGAGGAAUCUAAGAGCCUCUCAGUCGAAAGAACCACAGGAAAUGCCUCCAGACACAUCUGGAUGAACUCAGAAGCAUAGAGGACAUGGGCAUGAAGGCCAACAUGGAUUUGUGGUUCUUUGUCCUCUUGCUUGGAAGCGGCCUGACAUGCCUAGGUGCAAACAACAUUACCACAGUGACACAUACCACCAACCUCACCUCUUCCGCAAGUUCCACUGAAGCCUCUACAACACAACCUGGUAGCAGGAAGAGCACUAGUGCAACCAGCACAAAUGCUAGUUCUUCAGUGACUGUUUCUUUCGGGGCGGUGAGGACAUCUGGUGCUAUAGCAGCUACGGAGCCCUACAAUUUCAGCUUACCGGGUACUGAGCAUGCCACCUCUAAGAUGGCUUCAGCUUCUCCUGCAUCUGCAUUUGUGACCCCCUCCGUUGCAAUGAGUUCAGUGUUGCCUUCUCAACACACAACUGUGCAAGGCAGAGGAACAACACCUACAGAGGGGAAUGCAACAGGUCCUACGAUAGUUAUGACUACAGAAUCCCUUGACAGCCCAGAUGGAACAUCCAAAGACCCAGUUAACCCUAACUCAGAUGGGAGAAGAGAUGAGACUCCAAUUAUAGCUGUCAUGGUGGCCUUAUCUUCUCUGCUAGUCAUAGUAUUUAUUAUCAUUGUGCUAUACAUGUUAAGAUUCAAAAAAUACAAGCAAGCUGGGAGCCAUUCCAACUCCUUCCGUUUGUCCAAUGGCCGCACAGAUGAUACAGAGCCUCAGAGCAUGCCACUGCUGGCCCGGUCUCCCAGCACCAACAGGAAAUACCCGCCGCUGCCUGUCGAUAAAUUGGAAGAGGAGAUUAACCGGCGAAUGGCAGACGACAAUAAGCUCUUCCGGGAGGAAUUCAAUGCUCUGCCAGCAUGUCCCAUCCAGGCCACAUGUGAAGCUGCCUCCAAGGAGGAAAACAAAGAGAAGAACAGAUACGUGAACAUUUUGCCCUAUGAUCAUUCCAGGGUUCACCUGACUCCCGUGGAAGGGGUCCCGGAUUCCGAUUACAUUAACGCCUCCUUCAUUAAUGGGUACCAAGAAAAAAACAAGUUCAUAGCUGCACAAGGACCAAAAGAAGAAACCGUGAAUGAUUUCUGGAGAAUGAUUUGGGAGCAAAACACAGCAACAAUCGUCAUGGUGACAAACCUGAAAGAGAGAAAGGAAUGUAAAUGUGCUCAGUACUGGCCAGAUCAGGGCUGCUGGACAUAUGGAAACAUCCGGGUGUCUGUGGAGGAUGUGACCGUCUUGGUUGAUUACACAGUACGGAAGUUCUGCAUUCAACAGGUUGGUGAUGUCACAAACAAAAAGCCGCAGCGACUCGUGACACAGUUCCACUUCACCAGCUGGCCAGACUUCGGGGUCCCCUUCACCCCCAUUGGGAUGCUGAAGUUCUUGAAGAAAGUGAAGACAUGUAACCCCCAGUAUGCAGGGGCGAUCGUUGUACACUGCAGUGCUGGGGUGGGACGCACAGGCACUUUCAUAGUCAUCGAUGCCAUGCUGGACAUGAUGCAUGCGGAGAGGAAGGUGGAUGUGUAUGGCUUCGUGAGCCGGAUUCGGGCACAACGCUGCCAGAUGGUACAGACAGAUAUGCAGUAUGUGUUUAUAUACCAAGCACUUCUGGAGCACUACCUGUAUGGGGACACAGAGCUGGAAGUGACCUCGCUGGAGAUCCACCUCCAGAAAAUCUACAACAAAGUGCCAGGGACCAGCAGCAAUGGGCUGGAGGAAGAGUUCAAGAAACUAACUUCAAUCAAGAUCCAGAACGACAAGAUGAGAACAGGCAACUUGCCAGCCAACAUGAAGAAGAACAGGGUGCUUCAAAUAAUUCCAUAUGAAUUUAACCGAGUGAUCAUUCCAGUGAAGAGAGGCGAGGAGAACACGGAUUACGUGAAUGCUUCCUUCAUCGAUGGUUACCGCCAGAAGGACUCGUACAUCGCCAGCCAGGGGCCUCUGCAGCACACAAUAGAGGAUUUCUGGAGGAUGAUCUGGGAGUGGAAGUCCUGCUCCAUAGUUAUGUUAACAGAGUUGGAAGAAAGAGGCCAGGAGAAGUGUGCUCAGUACUGGCCAUCUGAUGGCUCUGUGUCCUAUGGGGAUAUCACGGUGGAGCUGAAAAAAGAGGAGGAAUGUGAGAGCUACACAGUACGGGACCUGCUAGUCACAAACACCAGGGAAAACAAGAGCCGGCAGAUCCGACAGUUCCAUUUCCAUGGCUGGCCAGAAGUCGGCAUCCCCAGUGACGGGAAAGGGAUGAUCAACAUCAUCGCAGCUGUGCAGAAGCAGCAGCAGCAGUCUGGGAACCACCCCAUCACUGUGCACUGCAGUGCGGGAGCAGGAAGAACAGGAACCUUCUGUGCACUGAGCACUGUCCUGGAAAGGGUAAAAGCUGAGGGCAUUCUGGACGUCUUUCAGACAGUGAAAAGUUUGAGGUUACAGAGGCCGCACAUGGUGCAGACACUGGAACAGUACGAAUUCUGCUACAAGGUGGUGCAGGAAUACAUUGACGCCUUCUCAGACUACGCCAACUUCAAGUGAAAAAACAAAAUGAAAUGACAGAAGAGUUGCCUUCUUUAAUAUUUUGUAAUAUUCUCUUUGUUAAUAUACCCCCCCAAAUAUGUGUAUAUAUCUUAACUGUUUUAGAGGUUGGUACCAUAAGCUUCAUAUUAGCCGGAGAUUUUAUAUGUAGCAAAAGUGUUAGCGCAGAUACUGUUUGCUCCUUUUUUUUUCCAAUGUUUUAUUGGGGAAUUGAAUAGCGUGAUGUUUGGAUUAAUAUUGUUGAAGCAGCUCUCUGCUGGAGAGCCAAUACAGGCUGUUGUUUUGUUUGUAAAUCUUUUUCUGUUUUUUUUUUCUUGAGGGAGUAAAGCCUUUUUACAAAGAUAACAUCCUGGGUCUCAUCUGAAAAUGCAAGCACAAGCCUUCCUGGACCCACGGGGAAAUGGUUUCACAUUUUUCCGCCCUUCUGCUCUUGGGGAAUUAAAAAGAAUAAAUCUCAUUCUGUAAAUA